GAUAGAUUGGCGGAUUCCGCAAUAUUCUACUAUAUAGUAUUACUACGUGGCCUCACGCUGCUCUUCAAAUCGUCUCUUAAGCGCCGCGUUGCUCUCGUUAACCUCAAUGCCUGCAACCAAGUACAAUCCCUACAUUGGUAAGGAAGAGAGCCCGAGUCACGCCGGCGACAACUCUACAGCGUUGCGCACAGUUACCGACGACUUGCAAGAGUCCGCCGGUAUGUUUUUUUUUCGAGCUACCUUACGAUGCGUGGUCUCGACUGUAUGUAUGUACAUACAACAAAUACACCGCACAGGAACAUUCGGGAGUGCGGCCUGCAUGGUGUUGAUCUAUUUGUGCGGCCGGAUUGUAACGUCUUUUGGGAUCGCUUGGUAACACCGAGACGCUUGUAAGCUCGACUCUCAAGUCCCGACAAUGGGCCUGUCGGUGAUGGAAGCUUUGUGGAUGCGAGGCCGUUGCCAAGCUAGUCGAUUAUCGGCGUUCCAUCUUGGCAAAGGCUUGUCUUUCGCGGGGAAGCAAGCUCAGGUUGGCAACAAGGAUCAGCUAGACCUGAACUCAUCAGAGUCUUCAAACUCAGUCGACGGUUGCGUCGAUGAGUAGUAGUGAGAGACUGAAACUGCAAAGUGCAGCCAUCAUCCGCUUUCUCAUUGCUCUUCAUGGGCCGUAAAGCGUGCGAGCAGUUGCAUGGCACGCAGCCUCGACGUUGAUAAGAGCAGAAACAGAGUGCUGUUUCCAGUACCCACAAAAAUAAUUAAGGGAAAAAAAAAGAACAAACCACCGAGUAAUUUUGGUU